CCGUUGCCUUGACCGACGUGCAAACUGACCAAUGAGAAAGACAUAUUAUGACUGGGGAUCUUCCUUGAGCGGACUAACAAGCUACUUGCCGACAGAGUUCCUGCUUGAGAGGCGGCGAUUGAGAAAUAUUCAAAGCAAAUUGUGUUUAACAGCCACAGUAACAUGUGGUGGAGUCGUGUCCUGCCAAUCAGCUGGGUUCUGGUGCUGGUCCAGCUGCUCACUUCAGAGGCAGUUCCCAUCAGUAAGGACAGGACCAAAAUUAAAGAGCCAGAGGUUAGAAUUGAAGAUGCUCCUGCUAAUGUGGACACCGGGCUCCACUAUGACCGCUACCUCAGAGAAGUCAUUGAUUUUCUUGAAAAAGAUGAACAUUUCAGAGAAAAGCUCCAUAAUACCGACAUGGAAGAUAUCAAGCAAGGUAAACUUGCCAAAGAGCUGGACUUUGUCAGCCACCACGUCAGAACAAAACUGGACGAGUUGAAGAGGCAAGAGGUAAAUCGACUCAGGACACUCAUCAAGGCUCGGCAUGACCUUGAAGGCGGAAAUGAUAUUGCAGUGGACCACCAAGCUCUGCUGAAGCAGUUUGAAUACUUGAACCAUAUGAACCCACAUACGUUUGAAGUGGAUGACCUGGAUCGCCUGAUCAAAUCGGCCACAAACGAUCUGGAGAACUUCGACAAAGAGAGACACGAGGAGUUCAAGCGUUAUGAAAUGAUGAAAGAGCACGACAGGCGGGAACACCUGAAGACGCUGGAUGAAGACGAGCGAAAGCGAGAGGAGGAGCACUACGACGAGCUGCGGAAAAAACACGCCGACCACCCCAAAGUCAACCACCCGGGUAGCCAGAAUCAACUCAAGGAAGUGUGGGAAGAUACGGAUGGCUUAGACCCAGAGGAUUUUGAUCCCAAAACUUUCUUCAAUUUGCAUGACACCAACGGAGAUGGCUUCUUUGAUGAACAGGAACUGGAGUCACUGUUCACCAAGGAGCUGGAAAAACUCUACGAUCCCACCAAUGAGGAGGAUGAUAUGGUGGAAAUGGAGGAGGAGAGGUUACGCAUGAGGGAGCAUGUCAUGAACGAGGUGGAUUCAAACAAAGACAGGCUGGUCUCUUUAGAUGAGUUCAUGACUGCUACAAAUAAAAAAGAAUUCUUGGAGCCAGAUAGCUGGGAGACUUUGGAGCAGAACCAGGCCUACACAGAUGAGGAGUUGAGGGAGUUUGAGGACCACCUCGUUCGCCAAGAACAGGAGCUUCACCAGAAAACUGCUGAACUUCAGAAACAGAGAGAUGAGCUGGAUAAGCAACAGGAGCAGCUGAAUGCGCAGAAAGUUGAGUUGCAACAGGCCGUCGAUCACAUGGAACGACUCAGGGCUGAAAAACAAGAACCCCCUGCCGAGGUCCAUGUCGAAGGAAAUGCCAUCCCAGAGAGCCACGCAGCUGACAAUCAACAGCAGCACUACCAGGAGGCCCUCAUCCAAGAGCCUCAACCUGUUGCUCAGGUUCAUCAGGAUGCAUAUCAGGACCAGAAUCAGCAGGUGGGCGAGCAGACACACCACAAUCUGCCUCCAGGGGACCAUGAAAGGCCACAAAUUGAGAACCACCUCCCUUAGGGCCUUCACAAAUGGACUUUUGCAACCUCGUCUAAUGUAAGAGUGUCUAAUCUUUUUCACCAUGAUGACUGAUUGGUGCUUUGGAACACACCCUGGACGGAGAAGCGCACACCUUGAACAAUACCAGUUUUGGGUGCCCGACUUAAGAAUUACAGUAUGGAUUUUCAGGAGCAUUUUGUCAACAUAAUGGCAGCAAAGGGACAUUUGAGGAGUCAAAAUACAUUUCCUUUCAAGGCCUGUGGAAAAAGUCACUUUGAACGAAACACCAGAGAACGAUUAUGUGAUGUGAAUCCCCCCACCCCUCCUAUGAAUAGACCACUCAUCAAUACUUUGACUGAAAGCAUCUUUUAGUUUGUAUCAUUUCAAUGACAAACUAAAUUGCCAUUAAAAACAAGGGUUUUGCUGUGUGUUCACUACUGGACAAAAUGGCCACACAUUAUUGCCAUAUUUUGUCCUUUACCUGCCACCUUAAUUUAUGCGGUAAGCAAAUACAAGCAAUCAUUCUGGUGAAAUAAUUAUAGGACUGAUCUGCCAAAACUGAAAAAAAGUGAUCAUUUUUGGAAUUCAUUGAAUGAGGCACACAACUUCCGCUUUUCACGAACUGUGGAACACCCCAUUCAUUGGAUGGUUGUUUGUCGGCAUUACAGUGAAACUCCUCUACAACGAAACCUACAUAUGUGAAAAUACCCCUAGUUUGAAAAAAAUCUUCAUCCAUACCUCUACAACGAAAAAUUCCUGUUGCGUUAUAUGAAAUCUUUUUCUCUGCCCUUGCCUCGCAACAAGAUUCACUACAAUGAAAACAAGCUUUCUACGCAAGUCUAAUCCAACCUCAGCCUACAGCGACUACUGUUUAGCUUGGAAGCGGCAACAGUAAACAGUGGCUUACACAUGCGAAGGAAUUAUUUAUUGUUAGUUUCAGACAGCACGAACCUUGCAUUGCUAAAAUGGCUACAAAAAUGGACCUUUGCAGACCAAGGAGUGAAGAAAAAAGCUUUAACGCUUGAAGAAAAGAUAAAAGUAAUAAAAAUGAAAGAUGGAGGAAGCAAAGUAAAACAUAUGCAAGAAAUUGAUGUAAGUGAAAGUGAAUGCUGAUCGUAAAUUUCGCCAUUUUUCCCUUUUUUUCUUUCUGCGCUGGCUAUAUGAAGUGUCAAAUAAGUGUAUGCUCAGACCUAUGCACUAUUGGAGUAAAAAUAAAGCGUACACAUUCGUUUGUGUGUGUGUUUACACCUCAGAUAAAUUUUCUAUAGUGAAAAGUCCUCUGUCGUGAAAAUUCUGUGCCGCAAAAAUUUCAUUGUAGAGGAGUUUCACUGUACAGGUAAACAAUUUUUUUUUAAAUUGCAUAAACAUUUGUGUGUGAUGUUUUAGUUUAUCAUAAUUGAUCAUUUUUAACUGCAGACAGCUAUUGGUAAAAAUACAUAAAAUUGAAUUGCAAAAAUAUUACCAUUUGAUCUCAGAAUUUGCAAAAGGUCAAAAAUAAAGAGGCCAUACAAGUGGAGUUUUAAUGCAGGAACUCUGCAUUCAAUUCCUAUCUGUGAUAUGUAUCUGAAAGAUUUAAAUCUGGUCAUAUAUGAUGUUAGUUAACUUGCCAUGCAGUGUUGUUUCUGUUCAUAAUUUCUUUGCAUCUGCAAAUCAACAUGUUCUCGUUAUGUUCCUUGCCCCCCCCCCCGAAAUACAAAACAUGCUUCCCUGCUAUUA